CCUCCAUUUAAUCAGAGAUUUGCUGAAAGUAAAUUAUAUGCUCAUCAACCACUCAAUAUCAGCUGGUUAUACUUAUACUCUAGAACAAGCGUAGGAUCACCAUGAAGGUUACUCUAAGUGGGACUGUGAUAGUGGCCUGCAAUCUCCUAGCCCAAGGAAUGACCCAUGGGUUGUCCACCUCCAUGGGAGUCUUCUACGGAGAGUGGAAGAGAGACUUUCAGGAACAAGCAGCCUUGAUCAGCUGGCUCGCUACCUCCGUGUUAGCUGUCCUUCUUGGAACAUCUCCCCUGGCCGGCGCACUUGUUAGGACUUUUGGUGUUCGUUAUGGGAUGAUCGCCGGUGCCAUCCUCUCUGCAUCUGGCUUCUUGGCUGCUUCAUAUGCUCCCAACAUUACAGUACUCUUCAUUACUAUUCCAUUCAUGUCUGGUUUUGGAAGCAGCAUGGCAUUUUCUGGUUGUUUGGUCUGCGUUACUCAAAACUUCAAGAGACACUUUACCGUCCUUAAUGGAGUAGCAUCAUCUGGCUGUGGAGUCGGUAUGGUGGUAUGGCCACUCAUCUUCCAGGUUCUGGUGGACCACUACACCUGGAGGGGUGCGCUGAUGAUCGUAGGGGCCUUACAGCUUCAUCUUAUACCACUGGCACUGAUUAUGACAAGACUUUCCAAGACGAACAAACAAGGGCAUAUGAAGAUGACAAAAAAUGAGCAGAUUGUGACGGAGACGGACCUUAAACACAAUAGUGUAGUGACCUAUGCCGUUGAUGCGUCUACCCCCUGUGAUAAUGGUAGCAAUGACGGCAUCGUGAUAGAAUGUGGAGAAAAGCCAGAACAGAGUGGCAAAAGUCAAGUGAUAGAUUUUAAAGUAUUAGAUGAACCUGAUGAGGAGAUUGUAGAGCAGUAUGAUGAAAUCAAUGGCGUUGAGCCAAAUGCAUCAACUCAGCGUCUGACCAUGGUUCAUAGGAUAGGUCGUCGUGCCUCAAGGGUCGGCAAAGGUGUGAAGACAUCGUGUGUGCAAUCAACAGGUCUAUCUCUUAUAUGGGAGAAUCGCGUAUUUGCAUGUUACCUACCCACAGCACUAAUGGGAGGUGCCGUGUAUGGGACCUAUUUGGCUCAUGCUGUAACCUGCGCUGUACUGAAAGGCAUUCCAAGAAUUGAGGCAGCAUUUUUAGUCUCUGUUGUUGGAUUAACGAACAUGAUUGCUCGAGCAACUCACGGCCUACUCCUCAACACAGGUCACGUACAUCAGAUGUUUUUGUCGGCUUUUGCGUAUGGCCUUGGUGCGGUAGCUGUAAUUGUUGCUCCAAGCACCGAUAGCUAUGCCGUCAUGGUAGCUUGUGCGGCAGGUGUCGGUAUUGCAUCCGGCAUAUACAUACCUCUUCUGUCAGUUAUUGUUCGACACAUGGUUCCUUUGCACCGGUUUCCAGGCGGGAUCGGCAUGGUGCUCUUAUCAACAUGCAUUGGGAUCAUGAUCAGUUCUACUGUCUCGGGGUACAUUUUAGAUCAGACCAACAGCUAUCAGAUGGCAUUUCUCUUUGCUGGCUGCAUUGGACUUAUACCAUGUAUUCUAAUUGCCAUAAACCACGUGGUAUGGAAUUACUGCAUCAUAGAUGAGCGUUGGCCACCCAAGGCUAAUUACUUGGUGCAGAAGAAAGAAUGAAAGAAUGAAUUAGACAAGAUGGAAGUUUGACCUGCUGAAUACUAAGUGAAAUAACGUGAGAUGGAAGCCGUUGUUUAAUGCUGAUGGGGUAACAGGCUAUUUCUUAUUAUUUGUAUACUGGUACUCUUUUUUUUUUCUUUCUUCAUGUGCAAGCAACUGAAAUAUAUUUAAUAAUUUUAACUGAAAAUACCAUACAGAGGACUUGGUACUUCAGUCUUAUAAUAUUCUAUGUAUGAAAUGGUAAAUAAUGGUAUUAAACUGAUUUCAGAUCAGUAUGAGAUCUAUAAUAUAUAUAACUUAAAGGUACGGUACUACUGUAUGUCCCAUUUGCAGGCCCCCAAAAAUGAAAAAGGUUAAAUUCCAACGGCAUUUGAAAAACAAUACUAAUUUAGAUCUUUCCUCAAAACAAAAGGGCUUGAAAAUGGCUUUUUGUGGGAAAAUAACGACCGUUUGUCGUCAAAUCAAAUUUAGCGAGCACACAAUGCAUGUUUCAUUGAAUAGUCUGAUUUUCAGACCCUUGUACCAAAUGGUUGUACUGUAACCGCUGUGCGUUUUGUGCUGCGCAAAGAUUCAAUCAGUUUAAUUUUGGCCAUUACAAGAAGUGGGUUAUUGAUGUAGACAAAUGGUCAUGUACCCGUUAUGUACAUUAUUACCAAAUAAAGAAGAAGUCAGUCACUCAAUAGUGUCUGACAGUGAAGGCUAGAAAUUUCACAGAUAGAACAUACUUGACAUAUUCAUAAUUCUUGCAAAGUUCUACAGAAUUUGAUGUUUGCUGCAAAAGGGAUACACUACCUUUAAGUACAUGUAUUAUUGAUUCUUUUAAUAUUGCAUGCUCUGCUCUUUAUCUAUUUAUAUUACCUGAUAUUCAGCAUUUUGUGAGUGUUAAGUCUUAAGUUCUUUGGCCAAGAUUAGAUAUGAUAUUGCAUGAGGGAAGUUCUUUUAAUUUGGAUUUGAAUAUACGUAUACAGAAUGAAGAUGUGCAUGUCAAAUUUGUUAGGGGAUAUGAUGACGAUAUUCACAAAUAUGUGCCUUGCUUCUCUUAAACUCCCCAUUCCCAAUUUGCUUCCAUUGUCUACCUCACAGAACAAAAACAGUGCAGAGAAAACCCAUGUGUUAUGUGAUGGGAGAACAUGGAUGCACACUUUGCUACUGUCCUAAAAUUGAAGUUAUUGAUACAAGCUAAUGCACCAUAAAGAAAUACUUUAAAUGUCAUGUGAUCACAAUUCAUCAGCCAAUAGGAUACAUGCUUACAAACUCAUUUUAUGAUAGAGUAU